AUGCCGUCGGCCACCGAAGAGCCCAGGUCGGACAACGGCCGCCUGCUGCUCGUCUCCAACCGCCUGCCCAUCACCAUCAAGCGCUCUGACGAGGGCAAAUAUGACUUCUCCAUGUCGUCGGGCGGUCUAGUCAGUGGUCUCAGCGGCCUGUCCAAGUCUACUACCUUCCAAUGGUACGGAUGGCCGGGCCUCGAGGUCCCCGAGAACGAGAUCCCCACACUCAAGCAGCGGCUGAAGGAGGAAUACAAUGCUGUUCCGGUCAUGCUGGACGAUGAUCUAGCCGACAGGCAUUACAAUGGCUUCUCGAAUUCCAUUCUUUGGCCCCUCUUCCACUACCACCCGGGCGAGAUCACGUUCGACGAGUCAGCGUGGAACGCGUACACGGAAGCCAACCGCCUCUUCGCCAAGGCCAUCGCCGCAGACGUUCAGGAUAACGACCUUGUCUGGGUCCAUGACUAUCACCUCAUGCUCCUGCCUGCCAUGCUCCGCGAGGAGAUCGGCAAGACAAAAAAGAACGUCAAACUUGGCUUCUUCCUGCACACACCGUUCCCCAGCAGCGAGAUCUACCGCAUCCUGCCCGUUCGCAACGAGAUCCUGCUUGGCGUCUUGCACUGUGACUUGAUUGGCUUCCACACCUAUGAUUACGCCCGCCAUUUCCUUAGCAGUUGCUCGAGGAUACUGGGCUUGGCCACGACCCCCAACGGAGUCGAGUUUCAGGGCAAGGUCGUUACUGUCGGUGCCUUCCCGAUCGGCAUUGACCCUGAGAAGUUCGAAGAGGGCCUCAAGAAGCCCAAAGUUCAGGAGCGUAUUGCCACUCUGGAGCGAAAGUUCCAAGGCGUGAAGUUGAUUGUGGGCGUGGACCGCCUGGACUACAUCAAGGGCGUCCCUCAAAAGCUACACGCCCUUGAAGUGUUCUUGACCGAGCAUCCCGAGUGGAUCGGGAAGGUAGUGUUGGUUCAGGUCGCCGUUCCUAGCCGUCAGGACGUCGAAGAGUAUCAGAACCUGCGAGCGGUUGUCAAUGAGCUGGUCGGACGAAUCAAUGGCAAAUUCGGCACCAUCGAGUUCAUGCCUAUCCACUUCAUGCACAAGUCGGUGUCAUUCGACGAGCUCAUCGCGCUGUACGCAGUGUCCGAUGUGUGCCUAGUCUCGUCGACCCGCGAUGGCAUGAACUUGGUAUCUUAUGAGUACAUUGCUACCCAACAAAAGCGCCAUGGCGUCAUGAUCCUCUCGGAGUUUGCCGGUGCCGCCCAGAGUUUGAACGGUAGCAUCAUUGUGAAUCCGUGGAACACCGAGGAACUCGCAGACGCCAUCCACGAUGCAGUGACGAUGGGCGCGGAGCAGCGUGCGCUCAACUACCAAAAGCUCGCUAAAUACGUCAACAAAUACACCAGUGCUUGGUGGGGUCAGUCGUUCGUCAGCGAGCUCACCAGGAUCUCUGAGCAAGCUGAGAAGAAGUUGAAUGUGCGCCGAGGUUCUCUACUUGACAAUGUCCCUGGCAACAGCGAGGAUGUGACGGCCAAAUCGGAGACCGUCCACGCUGCAUCUUGA